GUGAAAGAUCUCUAAUAAAGUGUGAUGAUCGUUAGUGCCGGUGAGGUGAACAUAAAAAGAUGAGUUGGUAUAGAUACAAUUUGACAAGCUAGCUAGCUAUGUGAUAAUAACAACCGUCGGUGUGGUGCGAUUGCACACAAAAAGGUCUGCUGUGAAGACAUCACAACAGACCCCAACUCAUUGUUUUGCAGGUCGAGAAAAGCUUUGCCUUAUUUCUCAGACCGCAAUCAAAGUCGUAGUGGUACCUCUGGUCGUAGGCUACCCAACCCAAAACAGAGAUAUUUUGCAAUAAAAUGAAAUAAUUUUUGACGUAUAGGCUAUGUUCGGUUCAAUCAUGUCAGCGAACUGGCCCGAGAGGAUCUCCGCAUUCUCGCGCAGCCCGUCCCAGUUCUUGUGCAGCACGACAUCGGACAUCUUCCUCGCGGAGGUCCUGCGCGAGCUGCGAGAUGACAGGGCCAGUGACCACAUCAAGGUCUUGCUGUUGUCCCCGCUACUUGAGCACCCUACUCUGCUGUGCCCCUCUGUCUCUGUGGGUGAGGAGACCGCCCUGGAGCUCAUGUCUGUGUUUGCCCAGUGCUCCCCCAAAUCCCUCCCGCUCCGUCGCCACCUCCUCCUGGCCCUCACCUCCGUGCUCCUCUGCUCCUGCUGUGUUAGCUCACACACCAGUAACUCCCAAGACUUCCUGGAACUCCUCUUACAGACGGCCCAGGACACCAACGACGCACAGGCUGGGGCUGCAUUACGCCCCCUGAGGGCAACAGCCUGCGACUGCCUGAGGGAGCUGGAGGCUUGCCUCCCGGGCCUACUAUCCCAACGCUUGGAGCUCCUGAGCAGCCUGAGGCAGCAGGAAAAUUCCGGGCUUCACCAGGCUUACACGGGGCUCCAUGCCCUGGCACUGAGGAAUGCUGUGUAUCUGCUCACCCAGCAGAAAGGGGCUGGGGCUGGAGACCUGAAGGCUGCACUGGGGAGCAACGAGGGGUUUGUGUGGGGGGAGGGUGCAGACUCAGCACACCUGGACUCAGAGUCACACUCUGACUUGGCCAUCUUCUCGCCCCUCACUCUAGGCCCCAUGGGAAAAGUUCCUUCCCUGCAGACGGGCCUAGACUGUAAAGAGCUGAGAUCGCUCCUCUCCUCCCUCCUAGAGGAGUCCUACCUGCUCACAUCCCUAUCCCAGGCUGCACUGCUGCAAGGGCUGGUGGAGGUGCUUGCCAUGGUGCCCGCAGUCUCCCCAACGAUAUUCAGGGCACAGCUGCUGCGUCUAUUGGGCACAUGCAAGGUGUGUCUGGUGCACACCACUCUGCUGAUGAAGGCUGCUUUCACAGACAGCCUGUUCAGCGCAGAGGAUGAGGCCUUUCUUCUAAAGCGUCUCGUCGGCCUGUCCCAACACCCCCUACUGAGCACGCCCGAGAAGCUCUUCUACAUGGACUGCAUCCUGCACUUCCCAGAGAACCGACCAAUCAGCUGUGGCGACGGGGACGAGAGCCUGCCCGUGCUCUUGACCCCUCGGCUGGCCGCGGCCCUAGUGCCCACUGUGUUCAAUGAUAGUGUCAGCAUGCUGGCUAGACUCAACCUACUCUCUCUGGUCUACCUGGAGGAAGGAGAAGAAGAUGGGGAGGGACAGGGGGGGAGAGGCCUGGCCUACCUGUACGAUCACCUGACCUCCCUUCUCCGUAUCGUGGAGAACCAGGGCAGUAGGGAGAUGGUGGUGACCUUCUUCAGGGCUGCCUUCCUCUUCCUUCUCCACUUCUGCCACGUGGAGCGCUACUCUGAGGACCUGUCUCAGAGGCUGUGUGACCUGUACUUGAGACACACUCGGCUGGCGCCUCACCUCAUCAACCUGGCUGACCGGACCCAGGACCGGCUGGAGGAGUCAGGCUGGGCUGUGGCACUGCUUAAAGCCCUGCAAAGAACCAUCACAGAGGCCCCACUGUCCCAGCUCACCCUGCAAGACCUCCGCUGGCACCUCAGGAUCCUGGCCCGCGUGGCAGAGGAAGGGGAAGUCCUCCAGAGGGCCACUCUCAACUUUCUGCUGUGCGUCAUCACUUCCUCUUCAUCCGCGCUGUGUGUGAGCGGGGACUGGCGUCUGGGGAACGGCGUGCUGGGGGUGUGUCGACGCCUGCUCCUGCACCCCAGCUUGGACUCCCUCCUCACACCGCUGGCUGACCUCCUACAGCACCUCACCUGUCAUUAUGGUGAAACAGACAUCCAGGACCACGCCCGCUUGUACUACACCCUCCUCACAACUCUCUCCCGGGAGAAGCUGGCUGGGGUGUUGGCACAGAGGGGAGCAGAAAGGGGGCGGCAAGCCAAAGUGCGCUCCAUGUCUGCCAUCAUGGCCGAGACCGAGGAGUUGACCAGCGGACUGACCGUGCACCAGACAGAGCGACCGCUGCUGAGGCUGGUCAAACUGGAGAAACAUGAACCAGAUGACUGCAAACCAGAGCAUAAACCAGAGAGUGAAUCAGCCUGUGAGUCUGAGAGCUCCCCAGGACAGGGCGGGAUAGAGAGAGAGGACUACAGAGCCCAGUUCCAGAGCCCCAGCUUCGCCUCUGAAAUCACCCUCCAAUACCACCUCACACACACUGGAGUUCAUGACCCCCGUUUUGACAAGCUCUUCAGCAUCCGCUUGCACUUUGACCUCACGGACGGCCACUAUGAGGAAGUGAGUGACAUCAGCGUGCCUUGCCUGUUCAGGACCAGGAAGCCCCCUACAGUGAGGCUGAGGCUGAAGCCCAAGCAGCCGUACCACACCACCCUGAGAGCUAGCGCUAUCUUUACCACGGAGGACGGCGUCUCCUGGCACUCCCAGCUAGCAGACCUCCAUGUGGCUUUCCCUGAGGUGUUUCUGCCCUUCCUCGCACCCCUAGGGUGGACCAGGGAACAGAAGCAGAGAGUGUUUGAGGGGAUCUGGGGCGAAAUAUGCUCAGAGGAGUCUGAGGGUGAUUUGACCAACGCUGCCACUAGCCUGUUCUGUGAUCAGUUGGAGGAUUCGGCUAUGGGUGAGCUGGUGGAGAAGCACUUUCAGAGAUAUCUGGUCUCAGACUUGGAUAAAGGCAGGUGUAAAGUGCUGUUCUUCCUCCCACCCCAGUCUCACGUGCUGCUGAAGAUCAUCACAGAGGAGGAUGCCGUCCAGGUUCAUAUUGCUACAGACAACUGGAAGCUUCUGCCUUAUAUUAACUCUUAUCUAGAGGACAUUACCAAAGAGAUUCACAGCACACAGCAAGUCAAUGGUGAUGUCUGAUUGUGGAAGUGGUGGGCUCCAUACUAGAAGAGACGGCUUGUUUUUAUGAAAUGAAUACGCCCUUUUAACACUUGUCUGUUUUGUGAUUUCACAGUGCCUCCUUUUCAGUCUCUGCUUUUGAAAUGUUGCUUGAUGUAUUUACUAUUGAUGUUUGUAAACUGAUCAUUUGAAUCAUGUGGAUUUGUGAAAAUAUUUUGUAAUUGAACUUCUAAAUAAAGUCAAUGUGUGACUGA